AAAAAAUGUAUGCUAUCUGUUUAUCUGUGUUUAUCUUAUCUAUAAGACUACCAAAUGGUCACAUAUGUCUUGUAAACUGGAUUUCGCGAUUUAGAUUUUAAGAUGUCAUACCAUACAUUGGCGGUACACAUCAAGGUAAGCCUUGAUGCAUUUUAACUUAUUGUCUGUCAUGUAAGAUGUUUUUUUUUUUUCAUGCCAUCGGCUGACUAUGAAGUAUCUUGUAAAUGUGAAUUUUUAGCUUCUUCUCUUAUAACAUCCUACAAGUACGUUUGAAACUACAGGUAUGUCAUUUAUAAGCUUAUGCAUCGUAAGCGUUAUAUCCAAGUUUUGCAUGUCAGAGGCAUGAGUUUAUGCAGUUUCAUAAUUGAACUCUUAGUGUCGCUGUUCACCAGUGCAACCAUUGACCAUCGUGUUAAUAUUUAUCUCCACCCUGUUCAUGAUGUCAUAGUCAGGACUGACAUCUCAGUUCGCUGUAAAAUUCGUCGACGGUGAGCGGUGCCUUCCUCUUUUGUCCUCUUAUACCGAACAUGAACUAGAUUUGGUAAUUUCAUUUGUCUUUUACAUGUGGUUAACCUUCGAAUACAUUUUUGUUAAUUUCCAUAUAGAGAGAUCAAAAUCUUACGCGUUGCUGCUGAGAUGUUUGGGUUUUUGUUCUUCGUGCUGAUGGCGCACACCGCUUAUGGAGACGUGAGCUAUUCUGUUCCGGAGGAGAUGAAACGCGGAUCUGUGAUUGGAAAUAUUGCAAAAGAUCUCGGGCUUGAUGUGAACAGACUUUCAUCUGGUAAUGCUCGCAUUGAUACUGAAGGUAACAGAAAACGAUACUGUGACAUUAAUUUGAACACUGGAGAACUGAUCGUAGCGGAGAGAAUCGACAGAGAGGGGCUUUGUGGAAAGAAAGCUUCAUGUGUUAUGAAACAGGAGCUCGUGUUGGAAAACCCUUUGGAGCUGCAUCGCUUUAUUCUUAAUAUUCAAGACAUGAAUGAUAAUUCACCUUUAUUCAAACAAACCUUAAUCAAUUUCGAAAUGAGUGAAUCUGCAGUCAAAGGAUCUCGUUACUUAUUAGAUGAGGCCCAUGAUGCGGAUAUUGGUGUGAAUUCAGUGCAAACAUAUAUACUUCAACAUAAUGACCAUUUUCUUUUAAACGUAGUUACUCGGGAAAAUGGAAGAAAAUAUGGCGAGCUCAUGCUGUAUAGAGAGUUGGAUCGUGAGCAGCAGAAAGAGGUAACAUUAAUUCUCACUGCUGUAGACGGCGGGACUCCACCGAGAUCAGGUACUGUAGCUAUACACGUCACUGUGUUGGAUGCUAAUGAUAAUGCUCCAGUCUUUAGUCAGGCCGUCUAUAAAGUCAGUCUGCCUGAAAAUGCUCCUCUAGAUACUGUAGUGGUGACAGUCAUUGCAACCGAUAUUGACGAAGGACAUAACGGAGAGGUGAUGUAUGAAUUUGGACAUCUGCCUGAAACCCACGUGAAAACAUUUUCGCUGGAUUCAUUGUCUGGUGAAAUUAAACUAACGGGUCUCCUUGAUUAUGAGGAGGAAAGCUCAAUUGAACUGCAUAUUCAAGCUAAAGAUGGCCAAGGGUUAGCCAGUUAUUCCGCUGUGGUUAUUGAUGUUGUUGAUAUCAACGAUAAUGUCCCUUUAAUUAUGAUUAAAUCUCUCAAAAUCCCUGUUCCCGAGAAUGUGUUACCCGGUACAGAGGUUGGCAUCAUUAAUGUGCAGGACAGAGACUCUGAGAAUAACGGACAGGUGCGCUGCUCAAUUCAGUAAAACGUCCCAUUUAAACUCGUACCAUCAAUUAAAAAUUAUUAUUCUCUGAUGACCACAGGUGAAUUAAACCGCGAGCUGCUCUCUGAUUAUAAUAUUACAAUUACUGCUACUGAUGAGGGCUCUCCGCCUUUAUCUUCCACUAAGAAUAUCCACGUGACUGUAGCUGACGUGAAUGAUAAUCCACCUGUAUUUCAGGAGCAGAGUUACAGAGCUCAUGUGCAAGAAAAUAACAAACCUGGCUCCUCUAUUUGUUCAGUAUCAGCUACAGACCCGGACUGGAGACAGAAUGGCACUGUAGUUUAUUCUCUGUUGUCCUCUGAUGUCAAUGGCCCACCGGUGUCCUCCUUCCUAUCCAUUAACGGAGACACCGGAGUCAUUCAUGCCGUAAGGUCGUUUGAUUACGAGCAAUUCAAAAGUUUCAAAGUGCUCGUGUUAGCCAGAGACAACGGUUCUCCUCCUCUGAGCAGUAACGUGACCGUGAGUGUCUUCAUAACGGAUGAGAAUGACAACUCCCCUCAGAUAUUAUACCCCUCUCCUGAAGGAAACUCCUUCAUGACCGAGAUGGUACCCAAAGCCGCGCAGGCGCGCUCCCUGGUCUCCAAGGUGAUCGCGGUGGACGCAGAUUCUGGCCAGAACGCGUGGCUCUCGUAUCUCAUUAUUAAAGCGACAGAUCCGGGACUUUUCACUAUCGGUGUCCACAGCGGAGAGAUCAGGACGCAGCGGGACAUUUCUGAAUCUGACAGCAUGAAACAGAACCUCAUUGUGUCCGUGAGAGAUAACGGACAGCCCUCUCUCUCAGCCACGUGCGCAUUGUAUUUGCUUGUAUCAGAUAACUUGGCUGAAGUUCCAGAACUGAAAGACAUGUCUCCCGACGAGAGCAACUCCAAACUGACGUUUUAUUUGAUCAUCGCGCUGGUGUCCGUUUCCACUUUCUUCCUGACCUUCAUCAUCAUCAUCCUGGCCGUGAGGUUUUGUCGCAGGAGAAAGCCCAGACUGUUGUUUGAUGGAGCUGUAGCCAUUCCCAGCGCGUAUCUCCCUCCAAAUUACGCAGAGGUGGAUGGCGCGGGAACUCUCCGCAGCACUUACAAUUAUGACGCAUACCUGACUACGGGCUCGCGCACUAGUGACUUCAAGUUCGUCAGAUCUUAUAAUGAGGGCACACUGACUGCUGAUCUGACUUUGAAAAAGACAGCUUUAGAUGAUCUUGAAGGACUUGAUGCACAAUCAAAUGAG